AUGAAGCUGCACGACCAGCUGAGCGAGGACAGCAGGCUCGACCAACUUGCGGCAAGGCUUGUGGCGGACGCCCAGAACAGGGAAGACUUGGUAGAUCGGGGGCUGCAACCCCGACAACCGCACAGCUGGACGACCCCCCUCGACGCGGCGGAAUACUUGGCAGCCAGAUGCCAGCUUGUGCGUCAGGAAAAGAAGCUCGACUUUGAUUCCAGAUGCCGCGACAGAGCCACCCCUCUGGAGCAAAAGGUUGACGACGUCAUCCGCAGACUCCGCAAGCAAGACGAGCAAACCAUCUACAACGCGGCCAGCCCUCGCCGAGGCUUCGCUGGCCAGCAGCACAAGAGGUUUGCGGGCGAUCAUUUCCUCUCAAACAGGGAGCUGAUUGACCAGACGGCUCUCUUUGACAUUGCGUCUCAUUUGCCCAAGGGCGCCCACCUCCACAUCCACUACAACGCCUGCCUGCCGCCUUCCGUACUCCUGGACAUUGCCAAGGGCAUGGACCGAAUGUUCAUCACCAGUGACGUUGCCCUGGUUCCGGACAACGACUUUGCCAGUUUCGAUAGCUGCGAACUGCAAUUCUCCAUCACCAGCCCAGACCGGGAGAAGCCGGGAAAUCUAUUUUCCCGGGAUUACAAACCUCGUCAAACCAUGAGAUUCGACGACUUCUUGCGGCAGUUUCCAAGCGAGCGUCACCACCUGGGUGCCGAGGCAUGGCUAUUGGAUAAACUCUGCUUUCACGAGGAGGAGGCCCACGGUUUGCUGCAAACGGCAGACGGGGCCUGGGAAAAGUUCAAUGGGCGAACAAGAAUGAUGAAGGGUCUCUUCAACUACGAAACAGCCUAUCGAACGUAUACACGACGCUGCCUCCAAGACUUUAUGAGAGACAACAUCCAAUAUGCCGAAAUCCGCCCCAAUUUCAUGAAGAGCAACCAGUUGUUCACGGAUGACGGAACAAGUCGUAUCGACAAUCGUGGAAUCGUGACCAUGAUUAUCCAGGAAGUGGCCAAGUUCCAGCAAGACAUGGCUUCCGAGGGGCGCUACUUUGGCGGCUUGAAAAUCAUCUAUACCACACCGCGGUCGCUGAGUACGGAGGACGUUGGGCAGUCUCUCGAGGAAUGCAUGCAGUUCAAAAAGGAGUGGCCGCAAUGGAUCGCAGGAUAUGACCUGGCAGGGCAAGAGAGCAAAGGCAGGCCGCUCAAAGACUUUGUGCCCGAGUUUCUCGAGUUCAAGAAGAAAUGCGCCGCCGAGGGCGUGGACAUUCCCUUUUUGUUUCACUGCGGCGAGACCUUGGACAUGGGGACGGAUGUGGAUGGGAACCUGGUCGACGCGCUACUCUUGGGCGCAAAACGAAUCGGCCACGGUUACGCACUCACCAAGCACCCGUGCGUUAUGCAGGAGAUGAAGGCCAGAGGCGUCUGCCUGGAGCUUUGUCCCAUCUCGAACGAAGUGCUCGGACUGGCUUCACGAGCCGCAGGACAUUCCAUGUACCCCUUGCUGGCCAACAACGUGCACUGCACGGUCAAUUCCGACAACGGAGCCUUGUUCCGGUCUACGUUAUCGCAUGAUUUCUAUCAAGUAAUGAUUGGCAGGGACGACCUCGGCCUCUUUGCCUGGAAGCAGCUGGCUUUGUGGAGCAUCCAACAUGGCUGUCUUGACCAAGCCGAGAGGGAGAAGCUGUUGGGAGAAUGGGAGCUUCUCUGGGAGGGGUUCUUGGCGUGGGUGAUUGAGAAAUACGGCAUGUGA